AUGCCCUCGAGGAGCCAGUACAACCGCCGCGGCAGCGAUGGGGACGAGGACGAGAUCGUUGCAGUCUCAUCCGACUCGGAGGAGUCAGAGUCGGAGGCGAACCGCGGGGCCGAGGCAGACGACGACGACGACGACGAAUACGUGGGGGAAAGCAGUGACGCGGGCGGCGGGGACGAAGCGGAGGAAGCAGGCAGCAGUGAUUGCGGCGAGGGCGGUGACGUGGACGGGGACGACCACGAUGGCCACGGCAAGCGGCCACUUCGGGGCCUGCGUCGCGGCGCGGCGGCUCCCGAUAAGGAGAGGAAAUCGCAGAACGUGGAUGCUCUUGUCAGGGGUAACCUGGUUGUAAGGAGGCAGCCACUCAUUCCACGUAUUCUUUCAGUUUCUGAUGCAGCAGCAAUAGCUCGUAAGCCAUUCAAACCUCCAUGCCAAAAUGGAUAUAGUGACAAUAAUGAGCAGCUUGCUCGGCGCCUUUCAGCUCGUAAAAGAUUUGUCCCGUGGGGUUCAACACAGACAUUUGCAGUUAUACAUCAUCUUCCGCAGUCGCCUGUUGUUGCUAGCGAUAGUUCGUCAGAAAAGGAGGAACCUCUUCCACCUGGUAUUGAGCCAUUGAUUUUGUGGCAGCGCGAUGAAUGUGAGAAGGAAAAUUGCAAUUCUGCUUCUAUCGAAGUCGACCACUUGCUUGUGCGUUACCUCCGACCCCAUCAAAGGGAAGGAGUUCAGUUUAUGUUUGAUUGUGUCUCUGGGUCAUUGAGUGCUGAUGGUAUUUCUGGUUGCAUUUUAGCUGAUGAUAUGGGAUUGGGGAAGACUUUACAGUCAAUAACUUUACUAUAUACCCUUCUUUGUCAAGGCUUCGAUGAUAAGCCAAUGGUUAAAAGGGCUGUCAUUGUAACCCCCACAAGCUUAGUUAGCAACUGGGAAUCUGAGAUAAUUAAGUGGUUGAAAGGCAGAGUGCAGCUGCUGGCCCUCUGUGAAAGCACACGAGCUGAUGUUCUUUCCGGAAUAGAAAGUUUCUUAAACCCCUUGAGCCGUCUUCAGGUACUUAUCAUAUCUUAUGAGACUUUCCGCAUCCAUUCUUCAAAAUUUGAAAGACCGGGCAGCUGUGACCUUCUCAUAUGUGAUGAGGCCCACAGGCUGAAAAAUGAUCAGACACUGACAAAUAAGGCUUUGGCUGCCCUUCCUUGUACACGGCGCAUCCUCUUGUCCGGUACCCCAAUGCAGAAUGAUUUGGAAGAGUUCUUCUCAAUGGUGAAUUUCACAAAUCCAGGGGUUCUGGGGGACGCUUCAUAUUUUCGUCGUUAUUAUGAAGCACCAAUCAUCUGUGGGAGAGAACCCACUGCAAGUGCAGAAGAAAAGAAAUUGGUAUCUGAGAGAUCUGCAGAGCUUAGUGCAAAAGUAAAUCAGUUUAUAUUGAGACGAACAAAUGCCCUGUUAUCCAAUCACUUGCCUCCAAAGAUUGUUGAAGUCGUGUGCUGCAAGUUGACUCCUCUGCAGAAAACUCUGUACAACCACUUCAUACAUUCCAAAAAUGUUAAACGCUUGAUAUCUGAAGAAGCAAAGCAAUCCAAAAUUCUAGCAUAUAUUACCGCUCUUAAGAAAUUAUGCAAUCAUCCAAAGCUGAUCUACGACACCAUAAAAAGUAACAAUUCAGGUGGCUCUGGUUUUGAUGACUGUCUACGCUUUUUUCCGCCAGAACUUUUUUCUGGAAGGUCUGGAUCAUGGACUGGCGGAGGAGGAAUGUGGGUAGAGCUAUCUGGGAAAAUGCAUGUAUUGGCAAGAUUACUGGGGCACCUCCGUCAGAAAACCGAUGAUCGUAUUGUUCUUGUAUCAAAUUAUACUCAGACAUUAGAUCUAUUUGUUCAAUUAUGCCGGGAAAGAAGAUACCCAUAUGUUAGACUUGAUGGAGCAACAUCCAUCAAUAAAAGGCAGAAGCUGGUGAACCAAUUCAAUGAUCUAUCUAGGGAUGAGUUUGUCUUUCUACUUAGUAGCAAGGCAGGUGGCUGUGGGCUUAAUCUGGUUGGUGGAAAUCGUUUGGUUCUCUUUGACCCUGAUUGGAACCCUGCCAAUGAUAAGCAGGCUGCUGCUAGAGUAUGGAGAGAUGGACAGAAAAAGAGAGUCUACAUUUAUAGGUUCUUAAGCACAGGAACCAUCGAGGAGAAGGUAUAUCAGCGUCAAAUGUCGAAAGAAGGCCUCCAAAAAGUUAUUCAGCAGGAGCAAGCGGACAACAAAAUGCAGGGGAGUUCUCUUUCAACAGAAGAUCUGCGUGAUCUUUUUACUUUUCAUGAACAUGUCAGGUCUGAAAUACAUGAAAAUUUGAAGUGUAGCCGCUGUGACAAGGAUGGAAAUUCAGCUUUGGAUGGUACUGGUUUUGCAGCCACUGAUCAUAAGGCUUCAAUUCCAGGAGUGCAAGAUUAUGCUGAUAUUGGUAGGUUUGGAGAGAUAUCUGGAUGUUUGCAGAAAAUGAAUAGCGCACAUCACCAGAUUGGAAGACCUACUGAAGAAGACCUAGGAAGUUGGGGACAUCACUUUGAUCCAUCAACUGUACCUGAUACUGUACUGCAGUGUUCUGCUGGCGAAGAGGUUUCUUUUGUUUUCACCAAUCAGGUUGAUGGAAAACUUGUUCCAGUUGAAUCUAUGGUGCGAUCAGCAGCUCAUCAACAAAACGGAAUAGCAGCCACAGGAGAAAAAGGAGCGCAGAAAACCGAUUCUCCUAGCAAACCUGGAAGGCAAUCCUUAAAUGGCAAGAAUUUGAAGUUGAUGGGAUUUAAUUUAAAGAAUUCGUCUUUGAAAUGUUCAACCAAAUCCAGAACAUCACCAAAUUGCUUGCAAGGAUUGAAGAAAACCAGCCCCUCUUUGGAUCAACCUCAAAGUAAAAAGCUUCAUGUUGCUUCUGAUAUAUCUGAUGAUGAUUUUGUUUGA